AUGGAGCUCUCGUGGUGGGAGGUUCCGCUCUUCCGCGAGCCUGGAUGGAGGCCCAGCGCCAGCCCCGUGCCCUACUUCCAGGGCGCGCUGGUGUUCAUGACGCUCGUGUUCCUGUUCGAGACGUACCUGGACCUCCGCCAGCACCGCAAGCUGCACGACAAGCAGUUCCCCAAGCCCCUGGCGGAGGCGAUCGAAGGACUCGGCAGCUACAGCCAGAAGGAGGAGGAGGAGGAGGAGACGACGCUGCUGGAGGCGACGCGCACCAAGUUCGACAAGAGCCGCGCCUAUGGCCUGGACAAGAGCACGUUCGGCUUCGUGAGCGGCGGCUACAACCAGCUGGAGGCGACGGUCUUCCUGCUGCUCGGCUACUUGCCCUUCGCGUGGACGAUGAGUGGCAAGGCGCUGCUGGCGCUGGGCCUGGACGCGGACAAUGAGAUCUACAGGGCAUUGAUGCUGCUGACGCUCACGACGCUGAGGGACACGCUGGUGGGGAUCCCCUUCGGACUCUACUCGACGUUCGUGGUGGAGGCCCGCCACGGCUUCAACAAACAGACGCUCGGACUGUUCUUCAUGGACAAGAUCAAGAGCUUCAUGCUGUUCGUCGUCAUCGGCUUCCCCGUCACGGCGGCCUUGAUCUACGUCAUCCGGUGGGGAGGAGAGUACUUCUACAUGUACGUCUGGGCCUUCCUGUUCGUCUUCUCCGUCGUCAUGAUGACGCUCUACCCGGUGCUCAUCAUGCCGCUGUUCAACAAGUUCACGCCGCUGGAAGAGGGCGAGCUCCGCACGCGCAUCGAGGCGCUCGCAGCGAGCCUCAACUUCCCGCUGACCAAGCUCUUCGUGACCGACGGCUCCAAGCGCUCCAGCCACAGCAACGCCUACUUCUUCGGGCUGUUCAAGAGCAAACGCAUUGUGCUGUUCGACACGCUUCUGGAGCAGGCCACGCAUGAUGAGAUCGUGGCUGUGCUGGGCCACGAGCUCGGACACUGGAAGCUCUGGCACACGGCGCAGGGCUUCGUGAUCCAGCAAGCGUACAUCCUGGCCUCGUUCUACGUCUUUGGCCUUUGCAUGAACGACGCCGAGUUGUUCGCGAGCUUCGGAUUCGCUGGCGACUCGGCCAAGCCCGUGAUCAUCGGCUUCCUGCUCUUCUCGCAGACGAUGUGGGCGCCGGUGGAGCACGUCUUGUCCUUCCUGAUCACCCUGAACACGCGCAAGAACGAGUUCCAGGCUGACGCCUUCGCGGUGGACCUUGGUCACGACGUUGCUCUCAAGUCGGGACUCACCAAGCUCGCGAUCGAGAACCUCUCCAACAUGAAUCCGGACGAGCUGUACAGUGCCUACCACUACAGCCACCCACCUCUCGUCGAGCGUCUUAACGCCAUCACGGCCCGUGCCAAGAAGACGCAGUAA